ACGCAGCACAGCACAGUCCGUCCCCAAGCCCCAGCCGUACCCGCCCAGCUCCGCCAGCUCUGGCUCCACAGUUGCCGCUCACUCGUCGCCGCGACCUCCCCGCGGCCUGACUGCGACUGCCACUCGGUGAAAGCUCCCGUCGUGGUCCCCGUGCUCCCCGUGGUCCCCGCCGUGGUCCCCGCGCGGCGAGUCGCGUUGUGUGUGCUGCAGUUUGACGCCUACCUUUGGACUGCUUUCGGAGCCGUGGAUUACAGAGACCGGGCGCUCCCCCGCUGCCGCCAUGAUACCCAGGCCGCUGCUGGCGCUGGCAGCGCUCCUGCCCCUCGCGCUGGCCAUCCAGUUCUCCCCCAUCGAGCAGCACAAUGAGAGCGAGUGCGCGCUGCUGCUGGACGGGCCCGGCCGGUCGUCCGCCUUCGACUACAACGUCAACACCCUGCGCGGCACACCCGGCUACCGGGGACCCAACACCUGCAUCACGUACGACGCCGUCAACCAGGCGUACAUCAACGCCAGGAAGAGGAUCCAGGUGUCCCAGCCUCAGGGCCAGUGGACGGGUCCAGACGUCGCCAGCGUCGGCGAGCUGCUGCUGGACAUCUCCAUCCAGCUGGCUAAGGCGUACGGCCUGACGUACGAGGACAUCGAGAAGGGCCUGCCCCUGAUCGACACGUCCAAGACGCUGAUCCGCGAGGUGUGCCCGCCCUACCUCGCCAACGUGGAGUGCCGGCCCGGCAAGUACCGCCGCUACGACGGGCUGUGCACCAACCUGGAGCACCCCACCUGGGGCGCCACCAACACGCCCUUCACCAGGCUCAUCGGGCCCCUGUUCGCCGACGGCAUGACCGCGCCCCGCGUGUCCGUGCUCAACCAGCAGCUGCCCCUGUCCCGAGUCGUGUCCCGCACCAUGCACCCCGACGAGGGCUUCCACGACCACGCCGGCACCGUCAUGGUGGUCGCCUGGGGCCAGUUCAUGGAUCACGACUACACCCUCACCGGCACGCCCCUUGACCCUCUGAACAAGAACGAGCCCGAGGAGUGCUGCGACCGCCCUCCCCACCUCAAGAACCCCUACUGCAUGGAGAUCCCCAUCCCGGAGGACGACUACUUCUACCGCCUGACCCGUGUCCGCUGCAUGGACUUCGUCCGCGCGUUCCCCGCCGUGCGUCCGGGCUGCAGACUCGGAUCGCGCGUGCCCUUCAACACGCUGACCGGAGUGAUCGACGGCAACACCGUGUACGGCGUUACCGAGAAGUUCGCCCGCCACCUCCGCAGCGGUUACAACGGCCUGCUGCGCAUGAACCCCGUCUUCAACGAGUAUGGCCUCAAGGACCUGUUGCCCCUCAAGCUGGACAUCCCCGAUGAAGGCUGCACCCGCCCCAACCGCUCCAUGUACUGCUUCGAGGCGGGCGAGAUCCGUGUCAACGAGCAGCUGGUGCUGACCUGCAUGCACACCCUGAUGGCCCGGCAGCACAACACCGUGGCCCGCGGGCUGGCCCAGGUCAACCCCCACUGGGACGACGAGACCCUGUACCAGGAGGCGCGCCGCAUCAUCAUCGCCCAGAUCCAGCACAUCACCUACAACGAGUUCCUCCCCAUCAUCCUCGGCAAGGAGGUCAUGGAGAAGUUCGGCCUGCUCACCCAGAAGGAGGGCUACUGGGACGGCUACGACUCCAACGUGAACCCCAACGUGAUCGACGCCUUCGCCGCCGCGGCCUUCCGCUUCGGACACUCCCUGCUGCCCACGGCCAUCGAGAGGUGGAGCAAGGCCCACAAGUUCAUCGCCUCCCGCCGUCUGUCCGACCUCAUCCGCCAGCCCUACGACCUGUACCGCGCCGGCGUGCUGGACGAGUACUUCAUGGGCCUCAUGAACCAGGUCGCCCAGGCCAUGGACGACUCCGUCACUCAGGAGGUCACCAACCACCUGUUCAAGAAGCCCGGCGCUCGGUUCGGCAUGGACCUCGCCUCCUUCAACAUGCAGCGUGGUCGUGAAUUCGGUCUCCCCGGCUACAUGGAGUUCAGGAAGUUCUGCGGGCUGCCGCCGGCCGACUCGUUUGACGAGCUGCUCGGGUCCAUGCCCAACUCCACCGUGAAGCGAUACGCCUCCAUCUACGCGCACCCGUCCGACGUGGACCUGUGGUCCGGCGGCGUGUCCGAGAGGCCGCUGCCCGGCAGCAUGGUGGGCCCCACCUUCGCCUGCAUCAUCGCCACCCAGUUCAGUUACUCGCGGCGCGGAGACCGCUUCUGGUACGAGCUGCCCAACCAGCCGUCCUCCUUCACCCCCGAGCAACUGCACGAGAUCCGCAAGACCAAGCUGUCCCGCGUCAUCUGCGACAACACCGACCUCAUCGACACCAUCCAGGUCUACCCGCUCGUCCUCCCCGACCACGAGAUCAACCCCCGCGUGCCCUGCAAGAGCGGCAUCCUGCCCAGCCUGGACUACAGCAAGUGGGCCGACUUCAGCGGCCAGGCAGCCGCCGGCAACAGCGUGCCCUUCGUGGCCGACGGGCUGUCCGUGCCAAACAGUGUCAUCGCUCCUCUCAUAAACCCGUCGCUCCUUUUCAAGCGGUCCGCCUCCACCUUCCACGGCAAAGCUAGCAUGGCGCCCGCCUUCGAGCACUAAACGCACGACACCCCCACCCCACCCCACUGGCCCCACGCGCCCGUCGUCGUCGUCCACACACUUGCUUUAGGUCCAUUUACCGCCAAACGGUCGGCAAGGCUUCUGGAAGGCUUCUAAAAGAUUUCCGGAAGGCUUCUGCUGAACGGCCUCGCCGCGGAUAACACUUUUGGCGGGAAAUUGGUCCGUUUGUGGGCGUCGCCUUAGCCGCGCCACCGGUUGGUCCGAUUGGUCCGAUUGGUGACGCGCCUUGCUAGGCGGCGCAGAGACGCACGUCCGGUGGCUUGGGGCUUGGGGCCCACGCCAUGCCGGCCCCCGGCCGCGCCCUGUGUUCAUCCCCUAGGAUAGUCAUGCCUUUGUUAUUUAUUGCUCAUUCUGCAUCCUCCACAAUCCCUUUGCUCAUGAGUGUUGUAUAUGUAGCCAUAUUGCUAGUUACCAGACGAGUUGUGCGUGUUAAUUGAUAAGCUUCACCUCCACAUGUAGUGCAUGUUUCAUAAUAGUCAUUCGAUGUGUUUUAGAUGUCAUUUAUCUUCAGAACCAUGGUUGGUUUGUACCCCUCUACCCAAUCAUUUGGAACUAGGUUCCAAACAGAAAACUUCCAUUAUCCCCAGCAUGUACAUUUAAACUUAAUACUUUUUUCUACGUUAUAAUUAUGUAUAAGACCUUGGACAUAGCCUUAAGAGAUUGUUUUCUACGUUCAGAUAAAACUGACUAUUUAUUUCUCAAUUCAAUUUUGUGAGUUGUUGGCUAUUAGGAAAACGGGUUUCCAUCCUCGAACUGCAAGCUGGAAACAUGGAAACAUGAAGCCAUUACCGCUGCUUCGAAGGGCUUCGAUCCGGAGGUGCCUUGGCUCGGUCUUGUUUAUACAGCACAACGUUAUUCUUAAUUUCCUAUCCAUUAAAAUGAGAAGAAAGGAUACGAAAUUUUUACUUUAAGAGAUACAUUUUCGAUUCACUCAAUACCCCCAACCAAAAACAAUGUUGCGCUUUUUGAACCUGACAGGCCUGGUGCGAUUUCCAGUUCGACGAAAGUGUUCUGAAGCUCAAAGUAAUUAAGAUAUUUUGUAUACUGUACAAAUGAAUGUAACGAAUAAUUGUUCUCGAUAGAUGACUACCAAGAUUAAAUGUAUUGUUUUGUAAAUAUUACACAUGCGAACAAUUUGUUUUCAACUGGUAAAUAAACUUGACAGUCUUUGGA